AUGGCCAUCAUCAGCAUACUUCGCAACACAUGCGACCCAGUUAUCAACACUGUUGAAAGAUGGGUUCGCUGGGUAGCAGGAGAACUACCUCUUGAUACUGACUGGACCCAAUCCACAAAAGGAUCCUGGUACAUUCCUCCUCGUCAACAUGCUAUCGAAAUCCUCUGCCUCUCAACAGCCUUUGCUUGCUCCUCAUUCUAUUUCCUCGAACGCACCAUCCUUCGUUCGGGUACUUGGAUCCAGACCCUUCUGGCCACCUUUGUGCCUCUUGGUCCAGCUACCUUGACAGAAAAGCUCUUACUUACUUCUCUUGUUGCCUCUCUGGGUCUGACCCUGUCCCACAAAAUCAAGCGCAAGAAUGUGCUCUUUAUGCUCCAGCCUUGCCAUGUCAGUGCCCUCCUUCUGAUCCUUGUCAUGGCCUGGCCCGACAAACGAUCCGCUAUUCCUCAGCUGCUAUUCAACGUCUACCUCCACACCCAAUGGGGAGGUCUUGCUGCACUCAUGUUCCCUGACCUGAGAGACCACAAGCUUGUUGGAGAAACAUUUAACUUUUUUGCCGAACAUAUUCUUAUUUUGGUCGCACCUUUCUACAUGAUCUACAGUGGUCGUUAUCUUGUGUUGCCUAGUACACCCAGCAUGGCCUUGCUCUCAUUCUCAAUCUACGGAUUCUUCCACUCUCCUCUCCUCCACUUUUGUGCACUCAGAUCUGGACUCAACCUCAACUAUCUAUUCACUCCUCCUCCAUUAAAAGUUUUAUUGAAACUUGGUCCAAUGUAUCGCGUGGCACUCUACAGCACCGCAUUUGUUGCCAUGUUUGCCACUCGUUACCUUAUUGUUGAUGGCAUCAUGAUGGUCUUGCCCAGAAAGCCUCUGACUGUAUUCAGCAUGGGUCUCUAA